AUGAAUAGUAAUGAAUUAAUAAUUCAAUCAGUAUUUAGAAAUAAAUAUUUGAUUCGAUUAAUUGGUAAAGAGAUUGAAAAGAUUAAUAGAAUUGACGGAUCUAUCUAUCAAUAUACAUCAUAUAGAUUUGAUAAUAUACCAUCUUUGAAAUGGGUAGUAACAAACAAGACGGGUGACUUGUUACAUCAACUAUGCAAGAGAUCAGUGUUGUUGGUCGACAAGAGACUACCAUUGUCGACACUACAAGUUGGUUGGAUUACAUUGGAUUCAAUCAUUGCAAUCUGUUCACCUCAUCUUUACAAUCGAUCAGUGGCAUUCAAAUUAGAGACAUUUGAUGUAAUUUACAAUUACUAUGAAUCAGCAUUCAAGUUUGAACAUCAUGCUGUAGAUAGUGCUUCGGCAUCUGGUAACUUUGAAUUGGUUAAAUACUUGUUGGAUAGAGGUGUACCAUUCACAACAGAUGCUAUAGACGUAGCUUCAAGAAAUGGUCAUUUAAAUAUAAUCAAAUUAUUAUUAAAUACAAAUCCUUCAAAUCAUCAAAAUUUAUUUGAUGAUAAUAUAAAAUUUACAAAUCAUUCAUAUGAUUUUGCAUCAAAGAAUGGUCAUUUAAAUGUAUUAAAGUUUUUUGAUGAGAUUUAUCAACAACAACAACAACAAAAGAAAUCAAACUCGAUCAAGUUUGGUAGAGUUGAAUUUACAACACUGGCUAUUGAUGGAGCAGCAGAGAAUCAACAUUGGGAUUGUGUCAAUCAUAUAUUUGAUUUAUAUGGAAAGGAUAAGAAUAUAAAAGGGUAUAUAUUCUCAGAGGAUGCAUUGAAAUGGUGUAUAUCGCACAAUGAAUUGACAACUCUGAAAAAGUUGUUGGAUUAUCCACAUCCUGAAAAAAAGGCGAUUCUAAAAUCACAAGAAUGGGUUAGACAAGGUAUCAUUGAAGCUUCUGAAAAGGGUCACAUUCAAGUCAUUGGUUGGGUGUUUGGUCAAAAGUUAUUGGAUAUGAUACCAGAUGAUGCAUUGUUGAAUGCUGUCAAAUACGAUCAAGUACAAACUCUUCAACUCUACUUGCAAUUAAAUAAUGACCCAAAAUCAAGUAAAACGCUAAGAGCCUCAUUUUCAAAAAAUAUCAUUCGAAUUACACAACAUGCUGCAAGGAGUAAAUCAAUUGGUACUAUUCAAUAUUUAUUUGGAGAGUAUCAAAGAGCUAGCAGAUCUGGUACCAGCAUGACUGGUGUGUUGGAAACUUCAUGUCGACAUGGUACAUUAAAUAUUUUACAAUGGGUUUUACAACAACAUAUAGAAGAAUCACAAUUGUCUGGUGAUUGGAUGACUACUUGUGCAAGGAUAGCUGGUUUGAAUGGUCAAUUGGAAAUCCUACAAUUCUUUGUAGAAUCGAAACGAUUUCAAUUGAAAAAGGAAAAUUUAGAGGAUUGUGUAUCAUCUGCGAGUUACGAAUGUGUAGAAUAUGUAUUAUCAAAGGGUAUAGAUGUUAGUGCAAAGUCAAUCACUACUGCAUGUCAAAAGGGAUUAGACAGGAUAGUACGUCUAUUACUAUCUAGUGACACUGUACUCUAUGCAGUGUUAAAUGGAGACAACCCACAAAAUUAUUACAAUGCUGCACUUGGAUUUGGAUCACUUGAAUGUAUUCAAGCACUUGGAAAUAUGAAAUACAAGGUUAGUGGUGAUGACCUAUGUGCAGCGGUUCAAAAGGGUAGUAGUGUCCCACUCGUCCAAUUCCUCAUCACCCAUAAUCCAUCACUCCUCGAUCCAAGUCAAGGACAAUAUGAUAUGGUCAAUACAAUCUCAAAUCUACUUGCAUGUAAAUUUUAUCAAAUGACAGAAUAUAUUCUUGGUUUAAAAUGUCAUAGUUUUAAUGAAAGUCUUGGGAUUUGGGAACCGACAAAUCAAGAUAGAUUUACAUUAGAGGAACAUCAUUUUGUAAAUGCAGCCAAUAGAAAUGAUGUUCCAAUGAUUGAAAUCAUUCUAAGGUCAAGACCAACCGUACCAUGUGCCAAUGCCAACCUACUAUUAUCGUGUGGGUUAAUCAACCUUUACUAUAGAGUUGCAAAGAGGAAUGAAGAACUUGGAUUUGACCAUCAAAUAGUAGAACAGAAACCCCUCCGUCUAUUCCCACAAGAAUGUUAUCUGUCACAAGCCAUUGCAGCAGACAAUUAUUCCAUUUGCAAAGUAAUUGGUCCACAAAAGCAUACAAGUCUUCAACUCACCAUCGUCCCUGCCGCACUCAACACAAAUAUCACCCUCCUUCGUCUUUUAGUAGCAAAGCAGAAACCCAAACUAGAUCAUUUAAAACAAUAUACUUUUAAUUUAUCUGUUGAACGUUUCUUGAAAGAUUACUAG